UUGGCAUGCGAAUCUGAUUCACCGUUUUCCUCGUCUCUGUUUCUCUCUUACCAUUUUUCAUUUUUCUCAAGAAAUAAAAACUUUUGAAGUAGAAGAUGGGCACGACUGAACCGAGCUUGGAACAAUUUUUUGAGGAGAAGAAACGGGUCAGGAACCCUCUGGUGCCCGUUGGUGCGCUUAUGACAGCUGGAGUGCUUACAGCUGGCUUAAUCAGUUUCAGGCAAGGCAAUUCUCAAUUGGGUCAGCUUUUAAUGAGAGCUAGGGUGGUGGUCCAAGGAGCUACUGUUGCACUUAUGGUUGGAACUGCUUUCUACUAUGGGGAGAACCCCUGGAAAAAGUCAAGUUAGAGUCUAUAAACCACAUUCCGACUCCUGUAACUUGGUAUGGAUCUACCACAAAUGGGUUCUAGUGGUGGAUGCCAUCUUCAUCGUUAACAAAUGGUAGUAUUGGUUUCUUAAAUUUCCAUACAUGCAUCCAUUAUUAUUUUUUUCCCUACUUUUCUUCCGAUAUUAUUAUUAUUAUUAAUAAAAUAACAGUUUAUAUGGGUA